AUGGAUCACCCAAUCCCCCUCGGUCCGCAGCCGGAUUUUAAUCUCCUGGGCCAACAUUUGAUUUCUGCCGGCGAUGAAAUCAAGAAAGCCCAAAAUCUACCUACAAUCACCAUUGGAGAAAGAAUCCUAGCCGAACUUCAGCAAUUGAGACAGGAUGGUCAGCAAAUGAGACAGGAAUUUAAAGAGGCCACUCAGGCUAUUCGUCAAGACCUCGCUACUAUGAUGACCGCAAGCAAUCACAAUAAUGCAGCUCGAGUUCAGAAUUCCUAUCUUACGGACCGAUCGAACUCUCUUUUGCCGUUCCUCAACCCCUUAACUGGUGCUAUUAUUGCUGGAUUCCCUACCACGCCCGCAGAAAUUGAGCGAAUGGAUGAGCAAGAAGUGGAUCGUGUCUCACAGCAACUUGGUGUACAGGCUCUUGGUCUUACUAUGACUCUGGCAGCGAAGAGAAGACAGCUAAGGGCGCACAUCGGCUUAAAAGCACAAAGUGCAUGA